AUGGGCUCUCCCACCAAGCAGCAUUUCUAUGCCUCGCGGCCGUCCUCUCGUGCAGGUUCUCGACCGACCUCUCCAUCUACACCAGCUGAGGUUCGUUCACAGGCUGUCGCAAAGCUCAAAAGAGCAGCUUCUUUACCCCGACGACCGGAUGGAAGGAGACCUUCCCUCGCUCAAGCUAUAAACGCUGAGCAUAGUACCGUUACGAAUCAUCAAACCGCACAGACCUUCAACACCCAGAAUGAGAAUACCAACACGUUGAGUGAUCAACAGCAGCAACAACAAUAUGCUGGACCAUCCACACUUGACGUUUCUCCCAAUCCAUCUGAACCUCAAGAAGUACUAUCACCUUCACCCGUAGCGACAACUUUCGAUCACAGUAACAUGUACCCUUCACCUACUCCCGGACCGGCAAUGCAAAUGCAACGAUCAGUAUCAGCAAACUCAACAUACCAUAUGGCAUCUCCUAUCGGACUCCAUACACCUCCAGCCGCAGAUUGGGCGGCUAUGCAACUCGCCCAAUCCUACCUUCCUUCCUUGACGCCAACAUGUCUAUCACCCAACCCAUACCCACACUCUGUCCCUAUAGGCGUAGGACGUAAUACACCCAGUCCGCUGCCAACAUUAGGCGAACUGGCCACGCUACAGAGGUCCAAUUCUAAUGCAGCUAGAGCCCAUGCUAUGUCAAAGCUUACUGGCGGGAAACAAGCUCCACAACCUGAAGAUGAGUUUACGUUAUCCACCCCUUCACGCGUCAACCUCACCAGAGCAGGUACGUUAGGUGGACCAAGGAUGUUAGGUUUAGCUAUCAACAAAUCCCAUGCUGCUGAAGCUCCCAUGGAGGAUACUUCCCCUGUUUUGACGUUGGCAGAAGCUAGACCUAGGUUACAAAGGAGCUUUACCGUUUCUUCCUCGAAUAUGGGUGAAGAGAGGAGAAGUGCGGUGGGAAGGAGGAUGGUGGAGAGAUUAGCGGAAAGAAGAGCUGCGAGACAGAAGGAAGAAGAGGAAGUGAGGAAGUUAUGGGAGGAACGAAGAGCUCAAGCGGAAGUUGUGGGAGCGGAACAACAUGUUGAUCAAGAUGACGAAGACCAGGAUGUUCCUGGCGAGGAAGCUGGUGAUGAUGAUAACAACUACUACAACGAGAACCAGGAGCAAGCAGAUCCAAAUCAGCAUUAUCAUCAAGAUCGCGAUGGCCAUCAUUAUGAAGCUCGACCGGACAACGGAAUACCUCAGUUCGCUCGACAUUCACCUCAGGAACCACCUCAACCUGAAUUUAUCCCCGCUCAUGGCGGUGAUCUACUUGCCGCUGGGGCAGCAUCAGGUGAUAGACCAAUAUCGAGGGGAACCAUGAUCUCAACCCAAGAGCCAUUCGAAUACGAAGAUCAUCUCCGAAGAAGUCUAUCUAGUAGGACUGCUAGAGGUGCAGUUGGUACUGCAGAACCUUUACCUUCCAUCGUAACCCCAGAACAUGAUAAUCAACGAUAUACCGAGAAUCUCGCUCAUACUGACGUGCAAGUCUCCGAUGAACCUCUUCUUCCUCCGAAACCCUCGUAUGCUACACCCACUCGACCCGGUCAUGCACCACAUAGCUCAACCUCGACGGAAAGUACCAUACAAGGAUCUCAAUCUCCGGGCGGAUCAACAUUAAGUGGUUUAGACUCAAUGAUGUUUGUCAUGGGAGGUUCCUCACUUCCGGGAUCAGCGGGUUUAAGACCUCCCGGAAAUGGCCAGCACUGGCCUCAAGAGGUUCAUGAGGGUAGUGAAUGGGGAACACCGGCGAAAGACCUGCAUCAAGCCACAUUCACCGACUCUCCCAUACUCCACAGUCCGGCUGAAUUCCACCAGACUCAAGUCCCUUUGACUGAAGUCCCUGUCGAUGAUGAAGGUGAUCUCACAUCUCCUUCUCGUACCACCACCCGCACAGAUAGUAUGAUGUCUUGGGAAGAAGUUGGCGGUAAAGAAGAUCAGGAAAUCCGGGUACCUACCGAUAAGACGUACCAUCAGAAAACCGGUAGUUUCUCUGCUAAACUCAAGGGCAGUGUCAGAUCUGCUAUGAAGAAGAGAAGUCAAAGUAGAACAUCUAUCACUAGCUUCACUCAGAGUCCUCCAGCCAGUCCGAUGAACCUUCAGCCCGCUACUUUCAGUCGACGAGGUUCCGAAUCUUCCAACUCGCCCUCUUACUCAAAGGAGCAUAGCCCGAGACACCAACCAUCUGUCAGCUCACUGUCGCCAUCAAUCGCACCUGAUCCUCAAGCUGCUCUGUUGCUUCAACAUCAAUUAUCAAACGAGCCAUCUCAAAUAUCGUUCUUACCUCGAGCAAAUCUCAAUGAUCCCCGAAUCAUGAGCGCCAAAUUGUCUCCUUUCCCCGGUAUAGCACAGCUGGAACGAAAGAAUACUGAUGGCACCUUGGCACCGGGCGAACCUCCUAAACUCAUACAUCAAGUUUCCGAUUCCGCCGUACCGAGUCAACAACGCGCUACACCACCCGUAGUCCAAGAGUCUAUCUAUGCCUUACCACUUCCUGCUUCUCAUCCAGAUGACAGACGCGCUUCAGCCGAUAGCGCCACGAAAAGAAAUUGGUUAUCUAAAGCAUUUGGUCAUUCUACUUCCCCAAGAUCAUCAGGUAGUGUAUCUCGUAAGAGCUCUUCACCUGAUGUCGCAGGAGAAGCUAGAACGUUGGGACAAGGAGCUCAAAUCAUCUCUUCGGAUGUCGAUCCCUUCGCACCUCCUCCACCUCCCCAGCAGACAUUAGGUGUGAAACCUGCCAGGCAUAGAUCAGCUUCGCCAAGUGUGUCUGUCGUCCCUGAACUCAGUGAAGAAGGAUCAAGAUUUACUAGAUUCAUUUCGAUGCGCGGUGAGAACAAUACACCGGCUGUACCUGAACAGAUGGAAGAGAAUUUGGAUCAAAGGUCGAAGGAUGUUCUCACUCGGAUGAAUGCGGUGUUGGCCAUGGGUCCGGAUGAUCCUGCUAGACCGGAGAUAUUGGACGAUCCGCCUAGAAAACUUUUAUUGUCUUCUCAAAUACUUCAGGUAGUCAACACACAUACCGUCAAAGACCGUUAUCUCUUCCUUUUCAACGAUAUCCUGGUGAUUGCCAAGCCCAUCAUUUCGCACGGCAUUCAUGCUACACUCGAUAUGAAAUAUCUUGUCAAAUCAAUAGUCUCCCUUGACAGAUUGGCGAUAUCAGGAUUCAACGAAGAACCCACCGCUGAACCACCUCGACAUCCAGUAGUGACCAACUUCAUCGAACGUUUCGCUCAAGAUCCCGUUUCGGCUUGUGCCUAUUUGGUCGAAAGGAGUAAUCCAAAAGUCGAUACCGCUACAUUAGCCUCGUUGAUAUUCAAAACACCCGAAUUGGAUAAAGCUCAAGUAGGAUACCUGUUGGCAAAUAAUGAUAAGCUGAUGAGGCAUUUCAUCGAUCGAUUCAAUUUCUCGAAUAUCCGGAUUGACGAAGCUCUCAGAAUGUUCUUACUAUCUGUGAGAUUACCUACCGAACGUACAUCUUGCGAGAACCUUUUGAGAGGAUUUGGAUAUAGAUAUUUCGAAGCGAACCAAUCUCACAUAUCUUCCGAUCGAGAGCUAGCUGCUGAAUUGGUAUUGGCCAUUAUCCAAUUUAACGAUUCCUUAUACGGUACUUUCGGGUUCUCUUUGCCCAACCAUGCGAUCAACGAAGAAACGUUCGUAUCGGCAUUCCAAUCGAAAGAUCCUCGAGGAUUGGUACCGGUGGAAUUGUUAAGUGAGAUUUUCACUUCAGUCAAACAGACUGAAUUGGUACAAUCGCUCGAUUCGUCCAAAGAAGUUGGUCGGUCAAAGCAGAUCGCUAUCAAUCCUAGAAUACCUUCAAAGUUGUUAUAUAAUACUUGGUCCGAGAAGAUUACUAUUUCCAUACCGACUCCAGAUCCAUCUUUCAAGAUCAAGCUUUUAGGAGAAGGGUUGGUGUUUGAGCCUCCCUUGUUGGACUUUGCCAAUUCGUCAGAACAGUCUUUCAGAGUGAAGGGGACUAGUCUGGGUGUUAGACAUCUAUUGUUCAAUAGAACAGGAAGCAAUGCCGCUCUGUAUGGCAAUCUUGGUAAUACUCGAUUGUUCACCAUCGAACGAGCGUUCAUGAAAUAUACAUUCCACGUGUCGUUCACUUCUCAUCUUGGAUUAAAGAGGAAAUACUGUUUCAGUCUGAAUGAUCUGGAAAGUAAGAGAAGAUGGGGUAAAUUAUUAUCUAAACAAAUCAAUCUUACAAAACAAACCAAAUCGUCGGCUAUCACAACGGUUCAAGAGAAGAUUAGACAAACAGCUGAAAAUGUUUCGAUCCAAGUGUUAAGAGACGCUUUGAUUCCUUCGGAAUGGAAAUCACAACAUCAACCAAUAGAUACUUCCGCCGCAAUCCCGAAUGGCGGUGGUGGCAGCAUGGAUAAUUAUAACAAUAGAAUUAGAUCAAGUGCAAGUAAAGACAAGACAACUAGAUCAGGCAGUGUUUCCAUUUCAUAUACCAAACCAUUAAAGGAAGAAUACGAUCUAGGUCCAUUGGUACCUACAAAAUCUACUAAUCCGCCUCUUGGAUUAAAUGGCGAAGAGAGACAAUCUGGUAUAAUGGAGAUUCAAACUGGGAAAGAACUUGUCUUGUUGUGUAGACAGAAUAGUCUCUUACCUGGAUUAUUAGGAUUGUUACAUUCUGCUAAAGAAGGUGCGGAAGAUGUCAGAUCGUUAAAAGUUGGGAAUGAGAUGAUAGAGAGGAAUGACUCGUUGAGGAAUAAAGGUUUGAGAGUUUAG